GUCAUCCUCUACGACCUCGUCUGCGCCGGCAGCGUCAACCCCGACUACUUCGACUUCCACCGCUACACCACCCUCGAACCUUACGUUGACGACCUCCUCAACAUCCUCUACGCCCACCGCAUCGACCGCUGCGCCUACGUCGGCCACUCCGUCUCGGCCAUGAUCGGCCUCCUCGCCUCCAUCCGCCGCCCGAGCUCUUCUCCAAGAGAGGUUUCGGUUUGUGGGGGUUUUAGGUUUCCGAACGACAAGGACUACCACGGGGGCUACGAACAGAGCGAGAUCGAGGAGGUUUUCAAAGCGAUGGAGGCGAAUUACGAGGCGUGGGUGCAGGGAUUCGCGCCGCUGGCGCUGGGGGCGGACGUGCCGGCGGCGGUGAGGGAGUUCACCAGGACGCUGUUCAACAUGAGGCCGGACAUCACGUUGUUCGUGUCGAGACAAGUGGAGGCGAGGAGGCCGAUCAUGGCGGUCGACGCGGUGGGCAUCGAGGAUAUUGAGGAGGUCGUCGACGUAAGGGUCGAGGGUGGUGUAGCGGUGGAAGUCAAAAUAUUCGGGGUUGACGCUGCCGGCGCAGACGAAGUCGUAGAGGAUGACGGUUGUCACUCUCAGUCAACCCUCAAAUUUAUUUUAUUUAUUAUUUUUUAA